UUUACAUGUCAGUUAGUUGGUGAUACUUUUAUAACCACUGAUAUUAUCCUGUUUAAAGGAGACAAUGGCCCAGUCUGUAGACAAACAUUGAAUUGUGAUCCUGGUCCUCCAACUGAUACCAGAUAUACAUGUGGUUGUAUGAAUGGUAACAACAGACAACUGUAUCUUAAUAUAACUAAUGUUAACAAGACUGAUGCUGGUGACUGGACCUGUGGAGAUAGCUUUAACACUGGCACCAGUCCAACUGUAACUCUUCCUGUUUAUUAUGGACCAGAGAAUAUUAGCUUUAAAUCAACUGGUUCUAGUAUAAUAGUGAUAGAAAAUGAAAGUGGAUCUGUAACCUGUUCAGCUGACUGUAAUCCACCAUGUAAUAUCACCUGGUAUGAAGGAGAUGAUACUAGUGGUAGUAUAAUAUCAUCUAAUAAUGGUCUUCUCUCACUGAACAACAGACAACAAGCUGGUAAUUACACCUGUCAGGCUACAAAUACAGAGAUACCCAAUUCUCAUCGAUCUAAACAUCUGAUGGUUAUAGUACAUUAUGGACCUGAGAAUAUAAAAUUUGAAUCAACCAAUUCUAGUAUAACAGUGAUAGAAAAUGAAAGUAAAAAUGUAACCUGUUCAGCUGACUGUAGUCCACCGUGUAAUAUCAACUGGAGAAAAGGAUCUGUUCUUAGUGGUAAUAAAGGUCUUCUCCCACUGAACAACAUCCAGAGACAACAAGCUGGUAAUUACACCUGCCAGGUUAAAAAUACACAGAUACCUGGUUCACUUCAAUCUAAACCACUGAUGGUUAUAGUUCAUUAUCCACCAACCAUCACAAGUCUAACGUCAGAUGCUAUCAACAACAUGAUAGAUGAAGAUUAUAAUGUAACCUUCACCUGUUAUGUUGACAGUCUUCCAUCUUCAGUAAUAUCCUGGUCUAGAUCUCAACAAGGGGGACAACUCUAUUCUGGUAGUCAAUAUACCAUACCUAAAACUAGUCGUCAACAUACAGAUAACUAUACUUGUACAGCUAGUAAUCAUAUUGGUCAAUCUGUAUCUAAAACUAUUCCACUCAAUGUUAGAUAUGGACCAGAGGAUAUCAGAUUUACACCAACAGGCUCUAGUAUAAAAGUGAUAGAAAAUGAAAGUAGACCUGUAACCUGUUCAGCUGAUUGUAACCCACCAUGUGAUAUCUACUGGGAAAAAGGACCUGUUCCUUAUGGUAGUAAUGGUCUUCUCCCACUGAACAACAUCCAGAGACAAGAAGCUGGUAAUUACAUCUGUCAGGCCACAAAUACAGAGAUACCGGGUUCACUUCAAUCUAAACAACUGAUGGUUAUAGUACAUUAUCCACCAACCAUCACAAGUCUAACAUCCGAUGCUACCAACAACAUGGUAGGUGAAGAUUCUACUGUAACCUUCACCUGUUCUGUUGACGGUCGUCCAUCUUCAGUAAUAUCCUGGUCUAGAUCACAACAAGGGGAACAACUCUAUUUUGGUAGUCAAUAUACCAUAUCUAAAGUUAGUCGUCAACAUACAGAUAACUAUACCUGUACAGCUAGUAAUAAUAUUGGUCAACCUAUGUAUAAAACUAUUCCACUCUAUGUUAUAUAUGGACCAGAGAAUAUCAGAUUUACACCAACGGGUUCUAGUAUAACAGUGAUAGAAAAUGAAAGAAAAACUGUAACCUGUUCAGCUGACUGUAAUCCACCAUGUAAUAUCAAAUGGUAUAAAGAUUCAACUAUAAUAUCAUUUACUGAAUUUCUCUCACUGAUCAACAUCAAGAGACAAGAAGCUGGUAAUUACACCUGUCAGAUUACAAAUACACAGAUACCUGGUUCACUUCAGUCUAAACAUCUGAUGGUCAUAGUACAUUAUCCACCGGUCAUCACAGGUCUAACAUCAGAUGCUACCAACAACAUGAUAGAUGAAGAUUCUACUGUAACCUUCACAUGUUCAGUUGACAGUCUUCCGUCUUCAGAUAUAUCCUGGUCUAGAUCACAACCAGGGGAACAACUCUAUUCUGGUAGUCAAUAUACCAUACCUGAAGUUAGUUGUCAACAUACAGAUAACUAUAACUGUACAGCUAGUAAUACGAUUGGUCAGCCUGUAUCUAAAACUAUUCCACUCCAUGUUACAUGUUCUCCAAGAGAAAACAUGGUAACUAUGAGAAACAUCACUAAUAGAAUAAAUACAACAAUAAAUCUAGAAGUUGAUAUAAUCGCCUACCCUGAACCAACCUUCACCUGGUACCAUACACCUACAAGACAUAUAAUAAAUACAGCUAGAACACAACAACUAUCAACUAUAAACUAUAAAUCAACAGUAGAGAUAACACUAAACUCUACUCUAUUUGGUGAUUAUAUAGUAUCUGUAUACAAUGGUAUUGGUGUUCAGAACUUCACUAUUACAGUUAUUAAUGGAGAACCACCACAGCCAGUAAAUGAGCCAGUGGAAAGUAAUAAUAUGGUUACUAUAGUUGUUAGUGUAUUGGUUAUUGUAAUAGUGGUUGUUAUUGUUGUGGUGAUAUACCGUAGAAAGGCACAAAAAGACAGUUCCCAAGAUAAUGUUCCGUUAUCAAACAAAGGAAAUAAAAGGCAAGAUGAAAUGGUUAUUGAUGACAAUUUAACAUAUGAGGGCAGUGAUCAUUUAUUUGGACCCCGGACUGGAGCAGGACCUGGAAAAGGACAAACAGAUAACAUUCCCAUGUCAUCUAACCUAAAGACCGGAAAAGAUAAUAAAAUGGUUAUCGAUGAUAAUCUCUUGUAUGAAGGAAGUGAUCAUUUAUUUGGACCUCAAAAUGGAAAUGAAUCUGGAAAAAGUAAAAAGCCUGCCAAGAAACCAGAUCCUGAAGUUAUCUACACAGCGGUUGUUAAGAAAAAGGCUGGUCAAGAUAAUAAAGCUGCUAGUGGACAGACAGGAAUUUAUGAAAACAUUGUUAUCAAAGCAAAAUCAAUUCCUACAAAGAAACCAACUAUUAACAAGGAGGGACUGAAUUAUGCUGAUGUUGUUUUCACGAACAAAACACCAGCUAAAGAUGUGAAACCCGUGUAUCAUGAUGCAGUUGAGUAUGCUUGUAUACAACCUGGUGUUCGAGGACCAACUCCACCACCUGUUUCUGAUAGCAGUGAUGAUGAUGACGCACCAGCACCACCACCACCACCACCAUCUAAACCAAAGACAAAACAAAUGAAAACUAAGAAGAAGUAAAUUAAAGGAUCUAGAUGGGUAGCUUGAUCUAUCCCAAUCUCUUUCAAAUCUUAAACUUUUUGAUUGAUCAAUAGAUAUUAAACAUUCUGAGCAUAUCCAAUUAUGAUACCAAAAACAUGAACCAAUGAUAAUCUUUUAGCUUCCUGACUGUGCAGGCAUGAGUUAAGUAAAUCUUUCUACCCAGCCAUGUUAUCGCCAUUAAUUGAUGUGGUAUUCUCAUUAAUGAUACACUCUAAAAUGCACAGAGGAAUAUUUUUCCCUUUUUUUAUAUAUAAAACAGUUGUCUAUUGAAUAUCACCAUGUAGAUAAUUAGGGUCUUGGUUUGUGCUAUGUUGAGAAUUAUGAAAAUGUUUCUGUUUUUCAUUUCAUCUUACAACCUGACAAGCUAUUCUUUUUAAAGUUCAUGUUUUUUGUUGCUAGACAGCUUAGAUUUAUUAGUUAUUGUUUUAAGUGUAUUUCAUAGUUUCAGCAUUAUAUUUGUCGUUACCUAAAGAACUAUAAACCAUAGGGCCUGGUCCUUAUUUAUCAAAAAUUGUAUUGCUAUUUAUACUCACUUCUUUGUUACAUAAGGAUUGUCUUGGCAUCAUUACAGUGAACAAGGACCUGUACCUACUAUAUCACAGUCUAAUGUACACCUGUAACACAAUAACAAAUAUUUAUAGUAUAGUAUAUUAUAUAUUGACAUUAAGUCAGAACAUACAUAUAUUUAUAGUAUAGUAUAUUAUAUAUUGACAUCAAAUCACAACAUACAUAUUAUUAGCAUGGUAUGGUGUAUAUUGAUUUAUAACAGAAGAGACUUGAUUUAUCAUGUUGCUUCACUUUGCGUUGUUGUCUUUAUAUGACAAGUAGAACGUGAAACUAAUUUU